AUAUUCACUCAUUCAUUCAUUCAUCCAUCUACUACGUCUACUUGUCUCCCACUCCUACUUUUUAAUUUAUUUUUCUUCUCCUUUUUCCCCAUUUUUCUCUCUGUUUCUAAAAUACAAAAUUGAGUCUUUUAAUUUCCUUGUUUGAAGCUCUAUCUUGUUAAUUUGUGCUAGUUGAAAGUAAUAUUUUUUUGGUUAUGGCUGGAGUUGGUACAAGGUGGAAGAUUUUUAGGCCACUGUUGUCAAUUUCAUGGAGUUUUCUUUUGGCUGCAAUGUUUGUUUCAGCUGAAAGAAGUUUGAAGAGGGAACAAAUAUAUAAUAAUGCAACUCAUCAGCAGCAGUCAGAUGCUAAAUACCUUACUGAUGUUGUCAAUUUCUUGUGGAAGCCUAAUGAAUCUGGUUACCAACAUGUUUGGCCGGAUAUGAAAUUUGGAUGGGAAAUUGUUGUCGGUUCCAUAAUUGGAUUCUUGGGAGCAGCAUUUGGGAGUGUAGGUGGUGUUGGUGGUGGUGGCAUAUUCGUACCUAUGCUUUCUCUUAUCAUUGGAUUUGAUCCAAAAUCAUCUACUGCAAUUUCAAAGUGUAUGAUCAUGGGAGCUUCGGUCUCUACUGUUUACUAUAAUCUAAAGCUCAGGCAUCCAACAAUUGAUAUGCCUAUCAUUGAUUAUGACUUGGCUGUGCUCAUCCAGCCAAUGCUGAUGCUUGGCAUUAGUAUUGGAGUUACUUUCAACGUGAUAUUUGCUGACUGGAUGGUCACAGUUCUGCUAAUAUUACUCUUCAUCGCUACAUCAACCAAGGCCUUUUUGCGAGGGGUUGAAACGUGGAAGAAAGAGACUAUCAUGAAAAAGGCUGAGGCUGCGAAAAAGUCAGGCGUAAAUGGCGCUGGUGAAGAAGCAGAAUACAAGCUCCUUCCUGGUGGUUCUAACGAUGACACUAAAAAGAAAGGAACAGAAUCUUCCGAACCUGAGGUGCCUAUCCUGGAGAAUGUUUGCUGGAAGGAAGUUGGACUCCUGUCUUUUGUUUGGGUUUCAUUUCUAGGACUGCAAAUUGGCAAGAAUUAUACAGACAAUUGUACAGCACUAUAUUGGGCGGUGAACCUGUUGCAGAUCCCAGUUUCCCUUGGUGUAUCAUCUUAUGAAGCUAUUAGCCUAUACAAGGGUUGGAGAAGGAUUGAAUCGAAGGGAGAACAAGGAACCAACUUCCGGGUGCUGCAACUAAUUGUUUAUUGCUUUUUUGGAGUAAUAGCGGGUAUGGUAGGGGGACUUCUUGGUUUGGGCGGAGGAUUUAUCAUGGGCCCUAUGUUUUUGGAGCUGGGCGUUCCUCCUCAGGUUUCAAGUGCAACUGCCACCUUUGCAAUGAUGUUCUCCUCAUCAAUGUCUGUUGUAGAGUAUUACCUUCUAAAACGUUUCCCAGUUCCUUAUGCUGCGUACUUCGUUGCCGUGGCAACUGUUGCUGCUUUAGUUGGGCAACAUGUUGUCAGGAAGAUGAUUGUGAUACUAGGAAGAGCAUCACUUAUCAUCUUUAUACUUGCCUUCACAAUUUUCGUGAGCGCAAUUUUACUAGGUGGGGUUGGAAUCUCGAACAUGAUUGGGAAGAUCCAGCGUCAUGAAUACAUGGGCUUCGAGAACCUUUGCAAAUAUGAUCCUUAAUUAAGUACAAGAUAGGUGAAGCAAACUGGUCAUACAUUAGUGCUUCACUAACUUGAAUUAUUGGCUUAAGUAGGAGACCAAUUCUUGGCUUGGUGGAGGAAGAUAUCCACUGUCUCGAGUUAGCUAGUUCCAUUCUACAUUAGCUAUAGUAAAUCUGCUGUGGGAUUUGCCUUUGUUGUCAGUUUGCAUGAAAUGAGAUUCAGUUUUGAAAUUGAACACCAGAAAUAAUGGAGAAAAAAUAGAAAUGGGAAUUCUGAACUUCAUUUUAUUUGUUGUGUAAAAUACUACCAUUGGAAGAUAAUCAGAAUUCUUAUUGGUUCGAUAUCA